UAUAAGAACUAAAUCUGUAAGGUGAGAAGACUAGAAGCUGUGCGCCCUGAGUGUCGGGGUGUUGCCCUGUGUUUCUUCUGGGGGCAGAUAACCAUCUUCCGUGUUCAUUAGCUGGACCCUUGAACCAUUCAGAUCUUCAGAAGUCUUCACUCAUCAGUCAGCAAAAGAGAGUUCCGUCCGGGAGCAUCAACAUCAUCAGCCCCCGCGCGCAAAGCACCUAACACAUCUAGUAAGGAUGCACCCGAGCUCCGCGACCUCGACGCCCUUCUCCGUCAGGGAUAUUCUGAGGCUGAACUACAGCAGCGACUGGGAGAACUGUUUUUGGAUGAGUGAGCAGGUUGUUCCAAUGCAGCACCAUCAGGAUGCUGCGUCUCCAAACUUCUACGACUGUCAGUCUGAGCAGAGCCUCCCUGGGAUGCAGGAGAAGAUGCGGGGUUCCAACUCAGCAGCAGCGGAAAAGGGUAUGAUCCGUGCUGACAGUCCACCCCACAGUGAGCAGGACCCUAAAAGCCGCGCCGGGCUGCACAGGAAGCCCCGCGUCCUCUUCUCUCAGUCACAAGUGUCCGAGCUGGAGAGGCGCUUCAGACAGCAGCGCUAUCUGUCCGCCCCGGAGAGAGAACACCUGGCCCACGUGCUCAAACUUACCUCCACGCAGGUUAAAAUCUGGUUUCAGAACAGGAGGUACAAAUGCAAGCGUCAGAGACAGGACAAGUCUCUGGAGUUAGCGGGGUACCCCUCGGCCCCGAGGCGCGUGGCGGUGCCGGUGCUGGUGAGGGAUGGGAGGCUGUGCAGCGCAGGGGCCCCGUCAGCCCCCUACAACGUGACUGUCGGACAUUACAACGCCGUGCUCGGCUGUGGGGGCAGUUUGUAUGACUGCGGCUGUCACAGUUACCUUUCGCCCCGCGUUUGUCCCACAACCAGGAUCUGACAAAUGAUAACGAGGGGCCCGUCUGCCACGGAGAGACCCACAUUUUCCACGGAGAUAUAUAAGCUGAAGAUGUUUUACAUAUUAAUGUAAAAUAUUUUGUGUGAAACUUUCAGCCAAAAUAAGAUCAAAGCUGAACCAUUUAAGACAUUUCUGUUGCAAAUUAUUUUAGUUUUUGCCAAUUUUGAAGUUCUUUUUUUGUCAAAUUUGAACAAAGUUUAAUGCCUCCUCAUUUUUUUAUUGAAAAAAAUAAGCUACCAGAUACUUUGGCAGAUAAUGGCACAGCUGAUCAGACACUACCAGUUUAGGAGCUGCAGCUUAUCAACGGCAGCAAUCAAGGGUUAAUGGAUGAAGUGACAUCUGACCUGACAACGCUGUUGUAUCAAACUGAGCUCAUUAUUGUCCCACUCUCAACCCUACUGAUAAGGCCAGAGAGUCCCGAAGCUUUGCUUGGUAAACAGUCCAGCAGACAGAGCGGCUCUUCUUCGCUCACAAACUUUCAAUCAAACGUGUCGGUAAAAGUCCCCUUCGCUCCAACGAGGAACGGAUUUACAGCUGAGAAAUGGAUAAAUACAAAAUAUACUCAAAGGACGAACUCCUGUCACCCUGAUUGUACCUUCACGACAUUAAAAAAAAAAGUUAGGAGGGAAGAGGAGAUGCAGCGGCAUCACAGCACAGAUAAGAAAAAAGCUGCAGACAGAGAGGAGUCCAACAGAUCAGAUAAUGAUGUGCGUGUGCGCGUGGGUUCCAGCAUGUGUUAAAGGUAGCAAGAAACAUAGAGCAAGUGUUUUGGGGGAAAAAGGACAUAUUCUAACCAUUUGAAUGACAUAAAUCUGUGCAGUUAAUGUUUUAACCGUGACUGAUAAACUAUCGCCUGUGCGUAAAAGUGCUAUUGGUGUGACGGAGGGAGGCGCGACUGCUUAUUCAUCCCCUUCAUUAGAUUUUCCUUAAUUGCAUGCCUUAAAAGCAGCACAAUAAGACAAAAUUCAAACGGAAAAUAAAAUUUAUGUAUAUGUUAGGAUGAUAUUUUCAUUCAAUUUGAAGGUGUUAAAGAAUGCGUAAAGCUGCAUUGAGAUUGAACAUUAUUUUCUCCUAUUUUUUCGGAAGCUUGCUCGAUCGUAUUGCUUUAAUUUAGCAGUUAUUUUAAAAUUUCUUUGCAAAUAAAAGUUGAAAAUCUGAAAGAGACCAUUUUUACCCUUCAAAUGUUUGAGAUUGAAAUAUUCUGUUGUUAUCAACCCACAAAAAAGUUCCUCCAGGACCAACAGAUCUUCGAGGAUCAUAACUGCAGGGUUCUGUUCUAUAGAUCAUAACUGCAGGGUUCUGUUCUAUAGCAACAAAGUGAAAUUGUGAACGGUUACAAACUUUUAUGCUUUUAGGUUUGUCAAGAAUUCAAUAAAUGAAAACUUCUGUAUGUGCAAUUUACAGAAAAAAGAAGAUUUGGCAAAAAUGAGAAAAGGGAUGACAUUUUUACAGUCUUUAAAGACAUGUUUACAGUUUUGUUAUGUGGGUCCAUUUAAAUACAGGAUGACGUGAUUGUGGAAGUUAGUGAAAGGACCAUUGUAUUUGAUUCAGAAAGAUUUGAAGUCAUGAUGCAUUUUAGUUUAGCUCUGUAAGCCCUGGAGUGCCUCUCUGAUUAUGUAGUGAUUGAGACAGCUGCAAAGAUGAUUUAAUGAUCCUGGUUCCACUGUCUGACACUGAACAAUGAAAAACCCCAACAAGCCUAAGACACUGUUGGCUUCAAGAGUCAAUAGGUUCAUACUACUAAUACUUCUACUAAUGUUAGAAAUGAUGUCAAUAACAAUGAAAUGGUGUUACAGGACAGGUCAGGUGUCUACAAUAGGCUUAAAGCGCCUUCUAGUGGUGAAUUAGGUGAAAAGUUACCCUUCAUGUAAAAUGAUAAGACAUUGGAUCAAAUAAAAUGUAUUGUACUAAAUUAAAUCGCGUAAAAACAAAAAUAUGGUUCAAUUGGAUACAUCCAAAGGAAAAGCAACUAGAAAAGAAAUACACUCCUCUUGGUGAAAUACAUUUGAAUUUGGAAAAUGCUUUUAUAACAAUUUGAAAUUGAGAGCACUCAAUGUUUUUAACCUUAAACCAUGAAAAUCGUUUCGAUUAUCUCAAUUAAAAAGGAUCUAUUCAAAAAUUUUGACUAAUUUAAAAUCACAAAAAGACAAUUUACAGAGGGA